CAGGAAAUUCUACCUGAUAAGAUGAUUUCCUCUUCUCAGCUUUUAGCUCUGCAGCAGCACCGAGGACAUCUGAAGCUUUACUGUCCUUCAACACUGCACAAAAUGAUCUUUGCUGUAAAAUGUUUCCUUAAAGCAGCAGCAGGAGGCUGAACCCACUCUGGUCUGAUAAAGACGUUAAAGGAGGAAAUAAGUUCAGUCUGCAGCCGCCGACAUGGACCUCAGAGCUCUGACGCUGUUUGUGGGUUUGUGCAGCUCAGCGAGUCCUGCUGAGGUCCGGCUGGUCGGAGGUCCGAGUCCCUGUUCUGGCAGACUGGAGCAGCAGCGUCAGUCGGACUGGGAACCAGUGAGGGACCAGAACCUGGACUGGAACCUGACGGCAGCAGAUCAGGUCUGCAGGAGGAUCAGCUGUGGUUCUGUGGUUUCACUCAGGAGAACUCUGGACCAGGAACCUCCACAAGACUUGGUCACCAGAGAGGAGUCCAGAGCUGAAGGAACUCCAGAACGGCCCCCCUUCAGAGUGGAGAUUACCUGCUCAGACUCUGUGAGGCUGGAGAACGGGACUGACCGGUGUUCAGGUAGACUGCAGGUGAAGAGGAACCAGGUGUGGUCCUCAGUGUGUUCAGAUGGAUUUGACCUGCAGGAUGCUGAGGUGGUCUGCAGGGAGCUGGGCUGUGGUUCUCCUUCAGGGUUUAAGGAGGAACUCUAUGGAGAAGCUCCAGAGUGGAUCCCAGAGUUCCGGUGUGGAGGCCAUGAGUCUGCUCUGCUGCACUGUGAGCGCUCAGAUAGAGACACCUGCUCACCUGGAACCACCGUCACACUCACCUGCUCAGAUCCAGGUUGGUAUCGGUUGGUUGAAGGAUCCGGUCGGUGUGACGGCACACUGGAGGGGAGAGAAUGGGACGAAUGGAGACCAGUGGACUAUCCGUACUGGAACCUGAGGUUGGCCAGGAUGGUGUGCAGAGACCUGGACUGUGGAUCUCCACUUUCAACCAGGAGACGAGAGACGGGUUCAAAACGCACCUGGGGAUUCGAACCUCUCAGCACUGCCUCAUCUCAUUAUAAACAUCAAACCUCCUCUGGUGUCAUAGAGAUCACCUGCUCAGACUUUGUGAGGCUGGAGGACAGGACUCAUCGGUGUUCAGGUAGACUGCAGGUGAAGAGGAACCAGGUGUGGUCCUCAGUGUGUUCAGAUGGAUUUGACCUGCAGGAUGCUGAGGUGGUCUGCAGGGAGCUGGGCUGUGGUUCUCCUUCAGGGUUUAAGGAGGAACUCUAUGGAGAAGCUACAGAGUGGAUCCCAGAGUUCCGGUGUGGAGGCCAUGAGUCUGCUCUGCUGCACUGUGAGCGCUCAGAUAGAGACACCUGCUCACCUGGAACCACCGUCACACUCACCUGCUCAGACCCUGAUGAUGUUCGGUUGGAGGGAGGAGCUAGCCGUUGUGCUGGUAGACUGGAGAUGAAACAUGAUGGAGUCUGGAGAGCGAUGAAAAUCCCAAACCCCGACUGGAACCUGAACUUGGCGGCUCUGAUCUGUGGACAGCUGGACUGUGGUCCUGCACUCUCAGCAGUAAACAGACCAGAAUAUCCACAAGAAGAUGCUUGGUGGAUCUACCCCUACUGCCUUCAUUCUGCUCUGAAGGACUGUCUGACAGUGAAUCAUGAACAGAUCUCUGACAGCUUGGAAGUCACCUGCUCAGACUCUGUGAGGCUGGUGGGCGGGACUCAUCGGUGUUCAGGUAGACUGCAGGUGAAGAGGAACCAGGUGUGGUCCUCAGUGUGUUCAGAUGGAUUUGACCUGCAGGAUGCUGAGGUGGUCUGCAGGGAGCUGGGCUGUGGUUCUCCUUCAGGGUUUAAGGAGGAACUCUAUGGAGAAGCUCCAGAGUGGAUCCCAGAGUUCCGGUGUGGAGGCCAUGAGUCUGCUCUGCUGCACUGUGAGCGCUCAGAUAGAGACACCUGCUCACCUGGAACCACCGUCACACUCACCUGCUCAGCUCCAGACCAAGUGAGGCUGGUGGGAAACAGAAGCACCUGUGCAGGUGAGCUGCAGAUGAAGGUCCAUGAAGACUGGAGGCCUGUGGUGGACAUCGACUGGUACUGGAACCAGAACUGGACAUCAGCAGCAUCAUCAGUGUGUUCUCAGCUCGGAUGUGGUUCUAUCGUGACUACAGAUUUAGAGGAAAUUGGAUCAAAGAGACCCAUGUGGAUUAUCCAGUCCUCCUGCUUCCAGUCGACUCUUUCCCUUCAGGACUGUCUGGUUCUGAGCGAUGAGGCCAGAGACUCCGAUAGUCUGCAGGUGAUCUGUUCAGAUCUGCUGGUUCAACCAAACAUCUCCGUGUCUUCGUCCCGUCUUGAAGUCCAGCAGCAGAAGGUUAGGGUCCUCUUGGGCUCCAACUUCAGCAUCAUCUGCUCCACCAGGCCUCAGUAUCCAGGAGGUUCCUUCCAGCUCGUCUUCAACUCCUCCAGCUCAACGCUCAACUACGUCCUUCCAGCCGUCACACAUUCGGCCGUUUUCCUGUUUCCUGCAGCAGAAGGCCUCCACAGAGGGACGUACACCUGUAUUUACCACCUCUACGUCUUCUCCCAUAACUUCUCCUCCACCAGCCGGCCCAUCUAUCUCAUCCCCUCAGCUCCUCUGAUGGAUUUGAUCAUCAGACUUGUCGUCCACCUGCUGGUGAUGGUUCUUCUCAUCUCUGUCACCUGCUUCUACUCUAGAAAAUACUCUGUAGAAACCAGAAGCAGAAAUGAAGAAACAAACGUCGUCGCUGAGCUCCAGUGAUCCACGAUUUACCAAGAAAAAUCCAGAAAAUGAUCUGUCUGCUUUUGUCCGUGAAAUAAACUUUCAUCCAGAAGUGAAACAACAACAACUUCUACAGAAAACAACAAUAUUUCAGCUGAUUUAAAUCCAGGAAAAAAUACAGUCCGGUUGUAAAAAUACUGAUUUUUAAUGUGGACGUUAUUUACAGUUUUGGUCUGUUUUUCAUGGUUAAAAUGUGAAUUAAUAUUGUUUUUUUGUGUUUUUACAAAGUAUUAUCUGUGAUUUAAUGUCCUUAAUACACAUAAUGUUUUUAUCAGUGGUUUAAUUUUCUAAAUAUAUUAAAAUAGUCUAAUUUUACAGUCAAAUGUGGACGUCAUUUACAGUUUUGGCUUUUUAUGGUUAACAUAUAAAUGAAAAAUCUGUAAAAAAAAAAAAAAAAAUCAGUUUUUAAUAUUCAUAAUUUUUCUUGUGACAGCAAAUUCCUGUAAAAUAAUCUAAUUUUUUUCUGAAUUUAAUUACAAUAAAAUGAGUGUUAUUUUCAGUCAAAUAUGAAAGUUCUUUACAGUUUUAAUGUGUUAUUCUUUCUUAUUUUUACAGUUAACAUGUGAAUUAUGAACAUUUUUCAGUGAUUUUAUUAGAUAUUAUCUGUAAAUGAAGAAAAAUGUGAACAUUUGUGAAAUCAGACAAAAAAAACUUCUUCAGUCCUUAAUACGCCUAUUUUUCUUCUGAAUGGUAGCAAAUGUCUGUAAAAUUCAAUUUUGUUGUGGCUUUAUGUCCAAUAAAAACAAUCUAAUCUUACA